AGGGAGAAGAGACACCGGGUAUACAUUGCGUCUUCCCGGGUGAAUUUAUGCUCCCUCUCUCUCUCUCCCUGUCUCUCUCUCCCUACGCUCCUCUCCCUCUCCUUCCCUUUGUUCAGGUCCCUAUAAAACAAAGCGCACUUGGCUUCAAUGGCACAUUCAACGUCUCGGCGUUUUCACCGCUCCGUGUGUCUAUCAGAGGGAGAAUUUCUCGAAAGCAUAAUCAUUAGAACUCUUCGUUGACUAGAAUUCAAUUUAGGAUCCACGAAGCGAAAUGUCGGCCAUACAGACGAUUUGCGUGGCGGUACUGGUACUCGUUGUACUCGCGUUCGACAAGUGUUUAGGGUAUCCGUCGAUCAAAGUGAGAAGAGAAAGGCAUCCUUUAUGCGAACCCUGCGGGGAGACCUGUGGCGACUGCAAGUUCGGUGUGAAGACGAUACCUUCUUGCGGUGAAGUGUGCGCAAAGGGCCCCGGCGAGACCUGCGGCGGGAUGAGCAACGAAUGGGGCGUCUGCGGCGAGGGUAUGAUUUGCAAUUGCUACCAGUGCUACGGUUGCCCCUCGGACGACCAGGACUGCAAAGAAAUAGACCUGGUCGACCGGUGUCAUCCCCGGAGUAAAAACACGGAGCUUCAAUUUCCAUACUUUAUGCGCCUAUAAGCGAGCACUCGCGACAAUACUCUACCACGUUGACCGAGACGAGAAGGAAAAUAAAAGCGAAAGACGGGAACACGGGAAGACAACGACGAGAACGAAUGAUCGAUGAAUCAAGGGACAUGUAAAGCUCCGUUACCUCGUUAGCAGUGUAAUCGAAAAAUUCCAAUCGAUCGCGUCUCAUGCGAUUCAUAGCGGAUAAAACGUAACCGAGCGAAGUGACUGUCGGUUCCUUCGGUUUUCGGCGAUAGACGAGCCAGACCUGUUAUAGAACUCUAUAACAGGAAUUUUUAUAGGGCAAUUUCGGAAAAUUAUAGAGAAACGACGAUGACACGAUGGAACCUCGGUCACUCGAGCUUCGAUUACUCGAAAUCGUUCGGAACGGUGUCGCGCUGUUCUCCAUUUGUUUUAUUGUUCGAUUAUCCGGGCUGUGCAUCCGAUUACGUGUGAAUCAUCGAGGUACUACCGUAUUAUAAUACACAGCAUCGAAUUUCGUAAGCGUUUAUUCGAGCUGCACGUGCACUCGACCAGCAUGAUUAUUAGACCGCGGAUCUGUACGCGGUUCCAAGUCUGUAGGAGCGUAAUUAGAAAAGCGGAAUUGCAAUGGAAAAUAAUCUCCCUUAGAAAACAUUGUGAAGAAUACUGUACUCUGGCUGUGCAUUACGUGCAAUUUCGCAUAAACGCAUAAAAAUUCGUAAUCCAAUGGUUACCAUCGAUCGUAGACGAAUGUAACUUGCAAACCAUUCCAUGCACCGUUAACCAACUCUACACACGAACGUUAGAAUCAAAUCUAUCGGUCGCAAAUGAAAAUGGAGGGAAUGUCCGAGGUACGAUACAUGUUUCAUGAAUACGACUGCAUUAAUGAUUCAAAUAAAAAAAUACCCAUUGAUCCUGAACCAAGGCGAAAAUGAACUAAACUCAGUUGGAGAGAGAGAGAGAGAGAGAGAGAGAGAGAGAGAGAGAGAGA